UGGAGACUUCCGCUCCCGGCAGCUUCGGGCCCUUUCGGGAGCCGGCGAGCUGGGAGCGCUUACGGCCCGCCCCCGUCCGCCUCCCUGGAGGCCUUGCGGGCUUCGGCCCUGAAGCGCGAAAGGUCUGUCUCCUCAGCCAGCCGCCGCGCAGACGCAGUGCUGAGCUCACGCCUGCGGGACAAAGAGUGACGUCUGGAGCUAGGAGUCAUGGCCGCGAUGGAGCAGAGUUUGGCGGCCGCUGGGGGCCUCGCGUCGCCGCCUGAGAAGGAGGAAGGAGCCGGCCAGAGGUCAGGUCCGGAGCGUAACUCUGCGGGCUCCUCGUCGACCCCUAAGGCCCCACCGUCUGCCCCCGAGCCCGCCAGCCCCAGUGCCGCGGUCUCUGAAGCGAUUCCUACGCUUCCCGCGGCGGCCUCCGCGGCCCUGGAGCUGCCGCUCAGGCCCGUAGCCUCGGGCUCCCCGCCGCUUCCCGAAGCCGCCCCGCGCUCCCCUGCACACCCUGGCGGUUCCCGACCCGGCCCCGAGACGUUCCGCCAGCGUUUCCGGCAGUUCCGCUACCAGGACGCCGCAGGCCCGCGGGAGGCGUUCCGGCAGCUGCGGGAGCUCUCGCGCCAAUGGCUGCGACCCGACAUCCGCACGAAGGAGCAGAUCGUGGAGAUGCUGGUGCAGGAGCAGCUGCUCGCCAUCCUGCCCGAGGCGGCGCGGGCUCGGCGGCUUCGCCGCCGCACCGAUGUGCGCAUCACGGGCUGAGCGGCGGAGCUUCGGGCGGCCGGGGCCGGACGUUCCCUGGCGACGACGAUCAAGUCCGGGGACUGAACCUGGCUCUCCAUUACGCGUUCCUGAGAAAUGACUUUCUGGCAGCUCCAGUCGUCUAAUGUCCGUUUCGUUAGUCCUUUACUGUUUGUUUUCCCGAGCCUGUUUCCUUCCGACCUCCUUUUUGGCUGGUGGCAAGGCCAAGUUGGGAGCCCAUGAGAAUAAAGUCUUUGUUUUCUGUUCA